UUUUGUGAUUACUUACUGUUGUGUGUAGUACUGGUGGUUAUUUGUGGUUCUCUGUGCACAAAUGUUAUCUUCUUUGCUAACAGUCACCAAACAGACAUUAGCUAUCAUUGAAAGAAUGUGAUAAAAUGCUUUUACAUUCAUUAUGUAUAUUGCAGCAAUAAUGUAAGGCUGACAUAAAGUCCCUAGGCACACUUAGACUUGCCACUAGGCAUACCAUUUGGGAACGAUAGAUUAAGGCUAUCAAACUUCUGAUGUGGCUUCAUAAUAAAUACAAAUGCAAACAAUCAGAAAUAAUCAACUCUCUUAAAAAUCCUGUAUUCAAGUAGGUAAAACCAAGGUAUUAUGGGGCUUUUGGAGUGCCUUGCAAGGCCUGAAUGGCAGUCUGUCGUGGGCAUACCUUGCCUCUUGCCCUGUGACUGCUGAGAUAAGUUCCAAAGUCUCACGGGACCCAUGGAUGGAUUAUUUGUUGGCAUAUUGUCGAUUUGCCCUUCUUGGACCUUACGCCUGCCGUAGCUGUCAGUACAGCCCAAUGACAGUCACUGGUAUUCACUAGCUACUCGUUGAGAGACGCUUGAAAGAAGAUGCUUGUGUUUCUGUAGUUCUUCCAAGGGUAGUUAACAUGUCUCUCAAUGGAGGGGGAAGCAGAGGAUUUUAUUUCAACACCGUCCUGUCUUUGGCAAGGUCGCUGGCAGCUCACCGGCAGGCACCGAUAGACAAGGUUCAGAAGCUGCAAUGCAUGUGUCCAGUGGACUUCAGAGGAACCUUCCAGCUAGAUGAAAGGAGAAGAGAUGCUGUGAUUGCUCUUGGCAUUUUUCUAGUCGAGUCAAACCUGCAGCACAAAGAUGCUAUUGUUCCCUACCUUCUUGGGCUGCUUAAAGGACUCCCUAAAGUUCAGUGGAUUGAGGAAAGCUCAGAACGCAAAGGAAGGGAUACCCUUCCUGUGGCAGAGAACUUCAGCUUUUGUCUUGUGACAUUGUUGUCGGAUGUUGCCCAAUGUGAUGAAACCUUACGAGGGCAGAUCCUGGACGCAGUUAUGGACAUCAUGCAGGUCCUGCAAGAUAUCUGCAAAAAUCCAGAAGCUCAUGACAAAGAAUACCUAUGUAGGUACACUGUGCCCACCUUGCUUGGUGUUGCAAGAGCAUUUGGCCGAUACAGCAACACUGACGAGUCGUUACUAUCCAAGCUGUUUCCUCGACCAGUUGCUCCCUUGCUGUCCACAAAUGAUGAUAGUGAUACUGUCCGCCGACGGUCCUUCAAUGACUUCCGUUCAAUCCUACCAAGCUCUUUGCUCACAGUUUGUCAGGGAGACUCUCUGAAACGCAAAGGCUCCUCUGUGUCCAGUGUGUCACAACAGGCCAGUCCAGAGAGAGCAGGUCUGACACCUAACUCACCCGCUGAUCCCUCUGCACAGUACUUUGAAGGUUCUUACCUCCCCGAUGGCAGUGCAGUGGACCCUGACUACUACUUCUCCACCAUCAGCUCCAGCUUCUCUGUGUCCCCUCUUUUCACUGGAAGCAGCACUGGAGAGUUUCAUGUCCCUCUAGAUAUGCUCAGACAACUCCUUCACAUGGUUCAACAGUUUGUCUCUGAGUCAUUUUUAAAAUCACUGGAUGACACCUUGGCAGAACUUCAAGUGGUGAAUCCUGGUCUUCAUCUCUACUACAAAACCUUCAGUGAUCCUCUUUAUGUAGCCAUAUUUAAAAUGCUGAGAGACACUCUGUAUAAUAUGAAAGAACUUCAGACAGACUAUGUGAAGGAGGUUCAUGACUUUGUACUGGAGCAGUUUAGCAGCAGCCAGUCAGAGUUGCAGAGGAUUCUUCAUGAUGUUGAGUACCUCCAGAGUGAACUGAGCCCACUCAAACUGCGCUGUCAGGCUAAUGCCGCCUGUGUAGACCUCAUGGUGUGGGCUGUUACUGAGGAGCAGGGAGCUGAGAACCUUUGCACCAAGCUCUCAGAGAAACUGCAAUCAAAGACAUCCAGUAAAGUCAUCAUUGCUCACAUGCCCCUCCUCAUUUGCUGCUUACAGGGUUUGGGUCGUCUGUGUGAACGCUUUCCAGUGGUGGCCCACUCUGUUACCACAUCCCUGAGAGACUUCUUGGUUGUGCCCUCUCCUGUUUUGGUGAAGUUGUACAAAUAUCACAGCCAGUACACCCCAGGUGGUAGUGAAAUAAAGAUUCAUGUGACCAAUGAACAUUCCCAGUCAACACUCAGCACCCAUUCGAGCAAGAAGAGCCAGCCGUCCAUGUAUGAGCAGCUUCGGGACAUCUCCAUUGAUAACAUCUGCAGGUGCCUUAAAGCUGGCCUGACUAUGGAUAAUGUCAUUGUUGAAGCUUUUCUCGCCAGUCUGUCGAAUCGCCUUUAUAUCUAUCAGGAAAAUGACAAGGAUGCUCACUUGAUUCCAGACCACACAAUCAGGGCUUUGGGUCACAUUGCUGUGGCCUUACGGGACACCCCCCGAGUAAUGGAGCCCAUCCUUCAGAUUCUGCAGCAGAAGUUCUGCCAGCCUCCCUCCCAGCUUGAUGUCCUCAUCAUAGACCAACUUGGAUGUAUGGUCAUCACAGGGAAUCAAUACAUCUACCAGGAAGUUUGGAAUUUGUUCCAGCAGAUCAGUGUCAAGGCAAGCUCCAUGGUUUACUCUACCAAAGAUUACAAAGAUCACGGAUACAGACACUGUUCCUUGGCUGUUAUAAAUGCACUGGGUAACAUAGCAGCAAACCUUCAGGCUGAGCAUAUGGUUGACGAGCUACUAGUGAACCUGCUAGAACUCUUUGUUCAGCUGGGCUUAGAGGGCAAGAGAGCUAGUGAGAGGGCCUCAGACAAGGGCCCAGCUCUGAAGGCAUCAAGCAGUGCCGGAAAUCUUGGAGUCCUUAUUCCAGUCAUUGCAGUGCUGACGAAGAGGCUACCACCAAUCAAGGAGGCAAAGCCACGCCUGCAGAAGCUCUUUAGAGACUUCUGGCUCUACUCCGUAGUCAUGGGAUUUGCUGUGGAGGGUUCAGGUUUGUGGCCAGAGGAGUGGUAUGAAGGGGUUUGUGAGAUAGCGACCAAAUCACCAUUGCUCACAUUUCCCAGUGGAGAACCUUUACGCUCAGAGCUGCAGUACAACUCUGCCCUGAAGAAUGAUACUGUCACUCCGGCAGAGCUGAAUGAUCUACGCAGUACCAUCAUCAACCUGCUGGAUCCUCCUCCAGAGGUGGCUGCUCUCAUCAACAAGCUGGACUUUGCCAUGUCCACAUAUUUGCUGUCUGUUUACAGAUUGGAGUAUAUGAGGAUGCUGCAUUCUCUGGACUUGGACCGCUUUCAGGUUAUGUUUCGAUACUUUGAGGACAGAGCAAUACAGAAGGAUAAAUCUGGUAUGAUGCAGUGUGUGAUUGCUGUUAGCGACAAGGUUUUUGAGGUCUUCCUGCAAAUGAUGGCUGAGAAACCAAAAACCAAAGCCCAUGAGGAGGAGCUUGAACGCCACGCUCAGUUCCUCCUGGUGAACUUCAACCACAUCCACAAAAGGAUCCGUAGAGUGGCUGACAAAUACUUGUCUGGCUUGGCUGAAACUUUCCCCCACUUGUUGUGGAGUGGCCGUGUCCUGAAGACUAUGCUGGACAUUCUGCAGACUCUUUCCCUCUCACUCAGUGCAGACAUUCAUAAAGAUCAGCCUUAUUAUGACAUCCCAGAUACACCAUACAGAAUCACUGUCCCAGACACGUAUGAAGCCAGAGAGAGCAUAGUGAAGGAUUUUGCGGCACGCUGUGGAGAAAUUCUUAAAGAGGCUAUGAAGUGGGCUCCAUCUGUGACCAAAUCCCACCUACAGGAGUAUCUAAACAAACAUCAGAACUGGGUAUCAGGCCUCUCCCAGCACACAGGCCUAGCCAUGGCCACAGAAAGCAUCCUGCACUUUGCCGGUUACAACAGGCAGAGCACCACACUGGGGUCCACUCAACUAACUGAGAGGCCAGCCUGUGUGAAAAAGGACUACUCAAACUUCAUGGCCUCUCUCAAUCUCAGGAACAGAUACGCUGGAGAGGUAUCAGGUAUGAUCAACUUUGCCCAGGCAGUCCGGGGACAGUCUGAUUUGGGCCGACUGAUGAUUAAACAGUUGGGAGAGGCAUUAGACUCUGCACAGCCUGAGGCUUUUACUGAGGCUAUGUUCAAACUGACUGCCUUGCUCAUCAGCACCAAAGAUUGUGAUCCUCAGCUCCUGCACCACCUGUGCUGGUCUCCACUCAAGAUGUUUACAGAACAUGGUAUGGAAACAGCAAUCGCCUGUUGGGAGUGGCUGCUGGCGGCACGUAUAGGAGUGGAAGUACCGUUCAUGCGAGAGAUGGCAGGAGCAUGGCAGAUGACUGUGGAGCUGAAGAUGGGCUUGUUCUCGGAUGCUCAGGUGGAGGCUGAUCCUCUGGCUGCCUCAGAGGAAAGCCAGCCCAUCCCCUGCCCUCCAAAUGUUACCCCUCACCAUGUCUGGAUAGAGUUUCUGGUCCAGAGAUUUGAGAUAGCAAAAUACUCCAGUGCAGAUCAAGUGGAAAUCUUUGGCAGUUUGAUGCAACGCUCUCUGUCUCUAGAUGUUGGUGGGGCUAAGAACAGCCUCAACCGCCAUGUAGCUGCCAUUGGACCUCGCUUCAGGCUGCUCACUCUUGGUCUGGCUUUGCUCCACUCUGACGUCGUCACCAAUGCAACUGUAAGAAAUGUGCUUCGGGAGAAGAUCUACUCUACUGCCUUUGAUUACUUCAGUGUGGCUCCAAAGUUCCCCACCCAGGGUGACAAGCGUCUCCGUGAGGACAUCAGCAUCAUAAUCCGUUUCUACGCCAGCAUCCUGUCUGACAAGAAGUACCUGGCAGCCUCUCAUUUGGUCCCACCUGAUAAUCAGGACGCAUCUUUGAACAGCCUGUCAGUGAUGAACGCUGCUGAUCUGAGGGGCAACAUGGAUUCCAGCUCCCGCACCCAACAGACUGGCCAGGGAUGGAUCAAUACCUACCCGCUGUCGAGUGGCAUGUCCACCACAUCCAAAAAAUCAGGCACAUCCAAGAAAAGUAACAGAGGAACGCAGCUUCACAAAUACUACAUGAAACGCAGGACUCUGUUGCUGGCAUUACUGGCUAGUGAGAUCGAACGGUUGACAACGUGGUACAACCCCCUCUCCACACAAGAGCUGGCCAUCGCCACAGAGCAGUCAGUGGAGACUAGCAUCGCGAACUGGAGGUCCAAAUACAUCAGCCUGACAGAGAAACAGUGGAAGGACCACGUCAACCUGGCCUGGAGUAUCGCUCCAUUCCUGGCUAUGCAAUUACCAACAAGAUUUAAGAAUGACGCCAUUGUUGCUGAAGUGACCAGACUUGUGAGACUGGACCCUGGUGCAGUCAGUGAUGUGCCCGAGGCUGUCAAGUUCCUGGUGACAUGGCACACUAUUGAUGCUGACUCCCCUGAGUUGAGCCACAUCUUGUGUUGGGCUCCAGCUGACCCGCCCACUGGUCUGUCCUACUUCAGCAGCAUGUACCCUCCUCAUCCCCUUACUGCUCAGUACGGGGUUAAAGUGCUACGCUCUUUUCCUCCAGAUGCCAUCUUAUUCUACAUUCCUCAGAUUGUUCAGGCUCUGCGUUAUGACAAGAUGGGUUACGUGAGAGAAUAUAUCCUGUGGGCAGCCCAGAAGUCUCAGCUUCUUGCCCACCAGUUCAUCUGGAACAUGAAGACCAACAUCUUUAUGGAUGAAGAGGGCCACCAAAAAGACCCUGACAUUGGGGAGCUGUUGGAGCAGAUGGUUGAGGAGAUCACAGGUUCACUGUCAGGUCCUGCCAAAGAUUUCUACCAGAGAGAGUUUGACUUCUUCAACAAAAUCACCAACGUUUCUGCUAUUAUCAAGCCAGUUCCAAAGGGCGAGGAGAGAAAGAGAGCUUGCCUCAAAGCUCUGUCCGAUAUCAAAGUGCAGCCAGGUUGUUACCUCCCUAGUAAUCCUGAAGCCAUAGUACUGGACAUUGAUUACAAGUCUGGAACACCUAUGCAGAGUGCUGCCAAGGCUCCCUAUCUGGCCAAGUUCAAGGUGAAGCGCUGCGGAGUGAGUGAACUUGAGAGGGAGGGUCUCCGCUGCCCAUCAGACUCUCUGGAAGAUGGAGAGGAGAAUCCAGAUGGGUCAAAGAAGGUUUGCUGGCAGGCCGCCAUCUUCAAAGUGGGAGAUGACUGCAGACAGGAUAUGCUUGCACUGCAGAUCAUAGGGCUUUUUAAGAAUAUCUUCCAGCUGGUCGGCCUGGAUUUGUUUGUCUUCCCUUACAGAGUGGUGGCUACUGCACCAGGGUGUGGCGUGAUUGAGUGCAUCCCGGAUUGUAAAUCCAGGGACCAGCUCGGUAGACAGACUGACUUUGGAAUGUAUGAUUACUUCCGGAAUCAGUAUGGUGAUGAAUCCACCCUCGCCUUCCAGAAGGCUCGUUAUAACUUCAUCCGCAGUAUGGCCGCUUACAGCCUUUUGCUGUUCCUGCUGCAAAUCAAAGACAGGCACAACGGCAACAUCAUGCUGGACAGCAAGGGCCACCUCAUUCACAUAGAUUUUGGCUUCAUGUUUGAGAGCUCUCCUGGAGGUAACCUGGGCUGGGAGCCAGACAUCAAGCUGACAGAUGAGAUGGUGAUGAUCAUGGGAGGCAAGAUGGAGGCCACACCUUUUAAAUGGUUCAUGGAGAUGUGUGUCAGAGGAUAUCUGGCUGUACGCCCAUACAUGGAUGCAGUAGUUUCUCUAGUGACCCUCAUGCUGGACACUGGACUCCCAUGUUUCAGAGGACAAACCAUAAAACUUCUCAAAGGACGUUUUAAUCCGCAAAUGAGUGAAAAAGAAGCGGCAGCAUUCAUCAUCAAAGUCAUCCAAAGCUGUUUCCUCAGUAGCAGGAGCAAGACAUACGACAUGCUGCAGUAUUACCAAAACCAGAUUCCAUACUGAAGAUAAUCUCCCAGCCUUCCACUGUGCAUCCAGAACAAACGAGCAAUGCUGUGUUUUUAUAAAACUGAAUGAGGUGGUGGUCCCGAACACUACUCUGCUCCUCAGAGUUUGGCAAAAAUGAUGCACUUUAACACUAAAUCAUCUCAUUCUCAUGUAAUUACUUACACAAGACUGAAAAAUGAUGUGUGUCGUUUACUAAACAGGUAUCUGAAAGGCCCUUUAAGUAUUUUCUUGAUGCUGUUACUUGUUACUGUGCAACACUAACUUAAGGGUCACAUUAGAGGAACUUGGCCUAAAAGGGAGCCAUCUUUACAGUGUUUGUAAAAAGCAGCUGUUAUCAUUUUGUUCCUAUGCUGUUACCCAUUUUGAUGCACUUUAUUGAGUACAGUAUUUCUGCAGCUUCACCUGCCUACAGUCAAGAGAUUAAAGCUCAAAUGUAAGACAUUAAAAUACUCUGAAGAAAUGUAGAUGUUUUUAAAUUCAUCCAAAAUGAAUGCAGCAGUCAAUCAACAUUUAACCAGUAGUCUUUAGAAAUGUAAAGGUGUUUAGAGAAUCAGACAUACUUAUGCUGUAGCUUGUACUGUAGAUUAUUUGCUGUAGAAUCACAUCAGCACAGGCGGUUUUCUGUGAUGUAUGUGUAGGGUUAUGUGUGACAAACUUUUAACUGUGCUACUUUGAUGGUUACACCUUUUCAUGCGAGUCUUUAUAUGUCAUAUCUGUUGUAUGGAGGCAUUUUUACACAAAACUUUGGUUCUGGUUGAGCCUUUUGUUCCCACUAAUUUACCAAUAGUUGACAUUGUAUCUCUAUUUGUCUAGAGCAGAUGCACACAGUAGAAAGUUCUGCGAGGUUAUACAUUUAAGUAGCACUUACUUAAUCUGCAAAACAGCUCACAUUAGUACAAGUAAUUACUGUUAAAUAACACAUAAAGAGAGCAAGUGUUGCAGCUGGAAUGUGCAUGGCAUAUGUUACUCACAAUCAAAAUACAAAACUUAUUUUGUAUGAACAAAAUAGUUACAUUAACAUAGGCAAAUAUGAGCAAUAUUAAAAGACUUUCAUGCAGCGUUUAUUGUGCAGGAUUGUGUGUCUUUUCUUGCUACUGCCUGUCUUUAGAUUAUAAAACAGAGGCACAACUGAGACAAAAAAGUGAACCUUAUCUUAUCUUGACUUACAGUGUUAAUGAGGAAAAAAAUAAGAUUUUACUUUAUAGUGGUUACAGGUUGUCGUUACUUGAGGGGCCAUGGUGCUAGUACAUUAAAUGCAAUGAAUAAGAGCCCGAACAAUUUGGUGGCAGCAAUAUUUUUCCAAGAGGAAAAGAGCAAAUAAUGUAUCUUUGGUUUCACUGAAAUUGUUAUAAACUCUUGGAAUGGAUCCAAAAAGGUGGCAAAACUCAUACCAGGUAGUCCAAAUGUGAAAUUCCCUGUACACUGAAACACAGUGCUUAACAUCUGUGGCCUACUUUAUUACUCGAGAGGAGCCAAACUUGAAUCAGCUGCUACACCAGAAAGGAGUUCCAGGUUAGAGAACACUGGAAAUAAAAGCACAAGGUGUUAUAGUGAAUAGAUCUAAAAUAGGCCCACAAACUUAACCAAGAAAUUCAUUUUUCCUACUUUUUCAGUUUCUUUUUACUACUUUCUUAGUUCUUUUCACUUUUUACUUUGCUCUUUACCCUUCUUCCAAAUUUUUCCAUGUUUCUCUCCAUUUUUAAUUUUUUCAUUCCGAUCCCUUUUUCUUUCAUUUUUCUUUCCUACUUAGCUUUACAUCACGCUAUCAUUUCUUAUUACUUUAAUUCUUUAUUUCUCCAUCUCUUGUUUUCUUUUUCUUGUCUUUUUCUUUAUUUCUCCUGCACUAUUUGUUUGUUUGUUUUUACAUUUUUCCCCCCACGUGUAGUAUUAAAUGCUUAAAUACAGCACACAGGCUGGACCAUGACCCAUUGGUUACUACUAUUCUGUCUGUCUGAUAGCAUGUGUCAGAAUACAUGUGUGCAAUAUGUCUGCAAAACCCUGUUUGGAAACAUUCCUCAUAUUAACAUUAUUAUUAUCUUUGCAUCAAAACAAUCCUCUUGGCUUACUGAUGCAGAUGAUGAUUAUACCUAAAAAGCCAUUUCUCCUUCCCAUGGUAGAAUCACAACUGUAGUAAUACUUGACAUAAAAAGAACUUUAUGCAAUAUAUAUUUAUGUGUAUUAAUGUUGUAUCUGUGUGUUGUGUUCUGCAAAUGAAAUUACAAUGAUUCCCUCUGUCCCAGUCCUUGUGUGAAAAGUUUAGUGCUGCAGCCAUGUUUUCUUAUUGUAUUUCUCAAAGUGUUUGAGUAUAUGGAAAUUAAAUGGGAGGAUGUCCCUACUGAGGUCAGUAGUAGGUUUUACUGAAAUUCUGUUAUUUUAAACAUGUAAGUCAUCCCUUAUGUUAACCAAUAUCUGUCUGAAGCUUUGGUCAUCUUGCAUGCUUUACCCAUAUAUGGCUGUCUUUGUGAGGUACAGUCUGGGUUUUAGCUGGGAGUGAAGUUAGGGAAUUUUUUCUGGUCAUCAUUUUGUGACAGACCAUCAUUGAGCUGUUCUAGGGUUCAGAACAGAACUAAGUAUGGGUCAGGGUUAAGGGCCUGGGAGUGCAUUCAUUAAUGCCCUCAUAGAAAUAGCCAUAUGGUGUGUGUGUGUGUGUGGUGGUGGUGGUGAUGGUGCUAAUGUGUGGAAACUUGUUAUUAUCAGAUUAAAUGUCAACAUUUCACCAGAA